AAAUUGUUAGGGAUGACAAUUUUAUUCGCACCUAAUAAAUAUUGCCUCAAGAAAUUUUAUGGAUGGUUCGGGUUUGGAAUUCGGGUUGUCUAUGAAUACUGCUUUACGUGAGCCUGACCUGGAGUUUAACAAUGUCUUCAAAGUUUGAAAAAAUUACGUUUAUGCCAUAGCUGGUAUAUGGAAAGGUUCGGGUGUCUCCCUUUCUCGCUUCUUAAGCCGUCCGUCUGACCGUCUCUGGCGACCUUCUCUGUCUUUUGAUUUUUGACAGUGACCGGGGAAGUCAAUUGUAACACCUGUACUGCUUCUGGCCAGAUAAGGUUAUUCCACGGGGCUGCCGGCAGAAAAUCAAUUUUUGAAGGCUUGAAUCACAAAUAAGCUCAGCAAAGGAGUCCCGCUUCUCCUGCCCUUCAAGAAUUCAACGCCAGCCAGUGACCAAGGAAUCAAGAAGAGAUGCAGCAGAGAAAAGCCGGGAGGCCAUCUGGAACCGACGGUUCUGAUUUCUCCUACCGCAUGGUGGUUGAUUCACGUUACACAAAGGUUGCUAAAGGGAAGUCUCGUCUCAAAGCUCUAAUCUUUAUUCAGGGUAUCUUUCAAUUGAUAGAAUUAUUAUAUGUGGUUUUACCAAUCUCAAAGGGGAAGGAUCCAAACAUACUUGCCGUUUCAUCUUCUGCCAUUGGGUUGAUUUCUCUUCUAAUUGGGGAAUUAGGCCGAAGGCGCAGCCGAGCAGGUUUCUUGAGAUUUUACCUGGCCAUGUCAACUAUCGCAGUGCUUCUAUCUAUAUUUUGUGCUGUUAGUAGUAGUUCAACAUUAGAGGUUAUUCAGAAUCCAGCUGAAUGGGAAACAAAAAAGUUUGAACUUAUUGAGACUUCUGUUCUUUUACUCGGAUUGCUGGUGCAGAUGUUCACGAUCGGCACUGUAAUUUCCCUCAUCAGUAACAUGUCUCCUCCAAAGAAAGCUUCUUAACAAUGUCCUGUAACUUCAGAACCACUGCCCAUGUCCAUGGUUGAUAGAGCAAAAUCAGACUGACUGCAUUGUUUCAGUUUGGUUUGUAUCUUUUUGUGCAUCAGAAAAUUUAUAGUUAAAUGAGGAGAGUUUUGGAUUAAUGAUUUGCCGGACAAGAGAUCUUUGAUUAUAAAUCUGAGUUGAUGAUGCAUUCAUUAUUUUAUGUUUCACAUAUGCCAGGGAUAGACAAGUAACGACUGGUUAAUUGAAGGAUAAAUACAAAUUUAUGAUGCUGCAGUUAGAUUGACCGGGAAAA